UUCGUUUUGGGUUUGGGUUUGGGUUCGAGUUCGCCUCGGGUGUUCAGUUUUCAGUUUUCAGUUUGCUCAGGUGAGCUCGCUGUUGAUAUAACUGAAGUUCUUGUUCCCCUGAAAAACCAGUUUCUCCAGAGAGCGCUCUCCAUAUCUCUCUCUAUAUCUCUUGGCUCUCCUGGUCGCGUCUCUCGCGUUUCAGUUGGCCGAAAGCCAAGCGGCCAAACGAGUUUCAGUUGCGAGGCAAAUUUCCCAGUCGGCGGACGUGUUUUAACCAGCGGUCGCUCCGAUCCGAAUCCGAAUCCGAAUCCAGAAAACGCUUACAGAACCGAAUCUCAGUGGAAAGCGAGUGCUCUCGAGAAGAAUUGCGCGCGCGGCAAAAGAAACCAAACGGAAGAAACGCUGCCUCCAAACACGUUCAAAUAAAACUCUUUUUUUCUGGUGCCCGCCAAAGUUAAACCAACAAGAAGGAAUAUAUAUAUAAAGCUGUGCCAAAAUCAAGAUAAAUCAUUGGAAUACUUUUGUGUACACGAAACGAGAAAUGUUUGCUGACAGUCUCGUGUUGGUGGAGAGAAGGCACUGAAGCCCCGACCACCGGAAGCCCAGCAAGAUGAUCAAGUUCCGCUACAAGAGGAAGGAACCCACCAAUGUGGUGGGCGUGGCAAGUGCCAAUCCUGCAAAUGGAGCAGGAUCAGGAUCGGGAUCGGGAGGCGGCUCGGGAGGAUCAGUCAACCCAGCAGUUGCCACUCCGAAUGUGUCCGCUCCCCUGCCCGUUCCCGUGACCCUCCACCACCCGCAGCUGGGCCACCUGAUGAGCAACAACGGAGGCACCCUCCCGCGGAGCAGUCCCCGCAAGCUGCUCCUCGACGGAGGCGACAAGUCGGCCACUCUGACCCGCCACCAGUCGAAGCAGAAGGCCUCGGUCAGUGCGCUGGCCAAGGUGGCCAGCAGCGUGGAGCUGGCCGUGAUGGGAUACAACGGCAGCAGCAACAUCAGCGGAAGCAACAUCAGCAACAUCAGCAACAUGAGCAACAUGAGCAGCAGCAUCGCGGGAAACUCGGAGAGGGAUCGCUGCAUCAAUGCGGUUAUUGAACUGUUCCAGCAGCUGCAGACCAGCUCGGAGCCCGCGUUGUGUCCGGAGCCACUGCGUCGGGCCCUGGCCAGUGGUCCGCUGGCGGGGAGGAGGUUCCCCCUCGGAUGUCUGGGCGACGCCGCCGAGUGCUUCGAGCUGCUGCUCCACCGCGUCCACUCGCACAUCUCGCCGGACGACGGGGACGCCUGCGAGUCCUCCGCCUGCAUCGCCCACCGCCGCUUCGCCAUGCGGGUCAUCGAGCAGAGCGUCUGCAAGUGCGGCGCCAACUCGGAGCAGCUGCCCUUCACCCAGAUGGUGCACUACGUCUCCGCCUCGGCGCUGACCUCCCAGAAGAGCCUGGCCCUCCAGGCGCACCAGCAGCUGAGCUUCGGCCAACUCCUGAGGGCCGCCGGCAACAUGGGCGACAUUCGCGACUGUCCGAACACCUGCGGCGCGAAGAUCGGAAUCUGCCGGGCGCUGCUCAACCGACCGGACGUGGUGUCCAUCGGGAUCGUGUGGGACUCGGAGCGGCCGGCGGCGGACCAGGUGCACGCCGUGCUCAAGGCGGUGGGCACCAGUCUGCGGCUGGGCGACGUGUUCCACCAGGUGAGCGAGCAGCGGUGGGCCCAGCAGACGCAGCACGAGCUGGUGGGGAUCGUCUCCUACUACGGCAAGCACUACACCACCUUCUUCUUCCACACGAAGCUCAAGGUGUGGGUCUACUUCGACGACGCCAACGUCAAGGAGGUGGGUCCCAGCUGGGAGGGCGUCGUGGACAAGUGCAGCCGGGGUCGCUACCAGCCGCUGCUGCUGCUCUACGCGGUGCCCCAGCAGCCCUCCUCCAACGGAGGAGGAGGUGCCUCCACCCUUGAUGCCGCCACCAUGCCAGCCAUGCCAGCUAUGCCGGCCAGCGUUCCCUCCAGCGGAUCAGUGGUUCGUAGGGCGGUCACUCCCAGUCCGGAGAAGCCCAUCCUGGGCAACACCCGGCGGGCCAUCACGCCCACGCCCACGCCCACUCCGCUGAGGAGUCCGCUCAACGACUACCAGAACCUCAGCGUCAUCCAGAAGAACAUCUUCCCGGGCGGCGACGAGACGGACGCCUACAUCAGCCGCAAGACGGUGGAGCACGUGCUGAGUGCCCAGUACCAGAACCUGAGCGUGAUCCAGGACAAGAUCGGAGGAGGAGGAGGGAGUAGCAUACCCAGCAUGAAUGGAAUUCAGGGCAUUCCCCCCCAGAACGCGGACAAGGACGGGGGAUUCCUCAGCAGGAAGCCCAUCGAGGCGGUGCUCAAUGCGCAGCUGGCGCGAAGGCAGCACCUGCAGCUCCAGCGGAGCCACAGCGCGGAGUCCAGCUCGGGCCACGCCUCCUCCUCCAACGGGAGCUCCCCGCCCAGCGACGGACUCACCAUGCCGGAGCACCUGAACCAGCCGCGGCGGCGGGACUCGGGCAACUGGUCGGGCGACAGGAACAGCGCCAGCUCCGCCAGCUCGACCACCCUGGACAACCCGUACCUCUACAUGGUGGCCAAGCGGGGCGUCUCCGGCUCCGUCUCCGCGGUGCCGCAGAGUCCCACGCGGCACGGACUGCCCUACGAUCCCGGCUACGACUCCUUCUCGCUGAGCUCCACGGACUCGUAUCCGCCGAAGCACGCGCUCAACCCGCAGCUGGCCAAGAUCCCCGAGGCCUCCAUGGGUGUUAAUGGAGCUGCAAUGGGAGUGGGUGCAGUGCAGCAUGGGCAUACCCAUGGAUUGCCAGCAUUAUCGGGCGACUGUGAGAAGCUCUGCCACGAGGCGGACCAGCUGCUGGAGAAGUCGCGCCUGGUGGAGGAGUCGCAUGAUUUGGAAACUGCCUUGGUGCUCUGCAACGCGGCGGCGGGAAGAGCUCGGGCGGCGAUGGACGCGCCGUACAGCAACCCGCACACGAUGACCUUCGCCCGGAUGAAGCACAACACGUGCGUGAUGCGCGCCCGGAGCCUCCACCGGCGCAUCCUGGUGGAGAAGGGCGCCGAGGCGGAGGCCAUGCCGGAGCUGAAGCACAUGCGCGAGGGCAGCACCUCCAGCGUGAAGCACGUGCGCCAGAACAGCAAGGAUCGCACUCUGGAGAAGGAGCAGCAGCAACAUCAGUUGCAGCAGCAUCACCAGAUGCAGCAGCAACAGUUCCAGAUGCAGCAGCAGCUGAUCCCGGCCAGCAUCGAGAUCUACGCCACGCUGCCCAAGCGCAAGAGUCCGCUGAAGGCGAUGGUCGCCGCCUCCGCCUCCGCCUCCGCCUCCGCCUCCGCCUCCGCCUCCGCCUCCGCCUCCGCCUGCGACGACUACGCCAUCGAGUACGAGCAGGAGCGGCAGGAGAAGCCGGAGAAGCCGGUGGCCGCCAGUCCGGGCAAGCCGGAGCGGGAGAGCCGCUCCCUCUUCGGGCGCAAGGACAAGGACAAGGAUAAAGAGAGGGAGAAGGACAAGGAGAAGGAGAAGCGCAGCCGCAGCGAGGACAGGAACAAGCUCACCCGCGAGUUCUCGCUCACGGAGACGCUGCUCGUGAACGCCAAGGACACGCUGAAGAAGCACAAGGAGGACAAGGACGAGAAGAAGGAGAAGGACAGGAGCGGCAAGAAGCAGCACAAGAUCCGCCGCAAGCUGCUCAUGGGCGGGCUCAUCCGGCGCAAGAACCGCUCCAUGCCCGAUCUCACCGAGGCGGUGGACGACGUGACCACUGCCGUUCAUCCUGGGAUGGCCCACCACCACCACCACCCGCACGUCGCCUCCUCGGGAGCCGGGAUCCUGGGCAGCUCGGUGGACGACAGCGGCGUGGGUCUGGGCAAGCACAGUGGCCAUGGAGGCCACGCCAUGAGCGGCUACAUCUCCGAGGGGCACUUCGACUACCCCGGCUGCUCCUCCGCCGGAUCAGGGAACUCCGGAGCGGGCAGCAACCCCAACCCGAACCUCGAGCGCAGCAAGCUGAUGCGCAAGAGCUUCCACGGCAGCGGCCGCCAGCUGACGAUGGUGCCCAAGGUGGCGCCUCCGCCGCCCAUGCGCACCAGCUCCGCGCUGACCCCGCAGCAGCAGCAGCAGCAGCAGCAGCAGUUCCACCACGAGGCGAACCUCUCGAACCUCUCGGCGAUGAGCUCGAACACCUCGAUCAGCGAGGACUCCUGCCAGACGAUCAUCACUACCUGUGCGCAGGUGCACUCCGAGCAGAGUCCGCUCAAGGAGAUGGUGCAGGCGCUGUCCGGCCAGGAGGAGCUGCCCCUCCCCCUGCCACUGCCACCCCCGAUGGAACUCCCGCCCUAUCCGAGUCCGCCGCACUCCGCCUGCCACUCGCGCCAGGCCAGCGAGGACUUCCCGCCGCCGCCGCCGCCGGAACUCGACCUGGAGCCCCUCAACCAGCAGCUCAGCCAGCUGCAGGCCCUGGAGGCGGCCAGCAAGCAGCAGCGCCAGCAGCUGGACUCCCUCGAGGGCACCACCAGCAUCCUGGCCCAGCUGCAGCAGCGCCAGCACCUGCUGAAGCUGCGCAAGGAGCAGGUGGGAGCAGGCACCCCGGCGGACGCCACCUGGCUGAAGGAGCUGCAGGUGCGCCAGGCCAACGAUCUGCGGGCCAUGCAGCGCAAGCUGGAGGCAUCCUCGCCAGCGAGCGUCCGCGAUCUGGCCCACCGCUUCGAGCAGAGCUCCUCCACUUCCACCUCCUCCGCCUCCGCCUCCUCUGCAUCCUGCAUCCGCUCGUACGCCUCGCAGGAGCUGCUCUCCCAGCCACUCCAGAAUGGCCAACAGCAGACUGGCGGCCAGCUGCGCACCCAGAUGAACGGACUGCCCAGUGCCAAGCUGGACGUGGAUGAGGUGGACGCGAUGCCGCCGGCAAGGAACUCGAUGACCGCCCUGCCCUCUUUGCUCCCCAGCCACCAGAUGCUGCCGAAGCCCAAGUACGAGAUGAGCCAGUCCCAGAUCGCCGAGGAGAUCCGCGAGGUGGAGCUGCUCAACACGAUGGUGCAGCAGACGCUCGGCCAGAGCCAGAACCAAAGCCAAAGCGGAGUCACUGCGCCGCCCAAGCGGGUGAAGAAGAAGAGCGUCUCGUUCUGCGACCAGGUGAUCCUGGUGGCCACCGCCGGCAACGAGGAGGACGACGACUUCAUCCCGAAUCCGAUCCUGGAGCGGGUCCUGCGCACCGCCCAGCAUCCCAACGAGAAGGUGACCGCCCAGAUGAUCCAGCAGCAGCAGCAGAACAUGCUGCGCCUGCAGACGGAGGCCCAGCCCCGCCAGCAGUUGCAACAGCAGCAGCAACAGAUGCAGCAGCAACAACAGAUGCAGCAGCAACAGCAGCUGCAACAGCAAUUGCAGCAGCAGCAGCAACAGCAGCCGUCGCCCAUGUUGGGCAGACCAGCGGCACCCUCCGCGGAGAUGCAGCGAUAUGUGCAGAGGAUGCAACAGCAACAGCAACAGCAGCAGCAGCAACAGCAGGAGUUGUACCGCCAGCAACAGCAGCAGCAGCAGCUGCAGCAGCAACAUCGCACCAGCAUGAGCGGCAUUGCCAGCCAGCAGCACUUGCAGCAGGUCGAUGCCCAGUACACCAGCAUGCCGCGUCCGUUGCACCAUCCCCAGCUGCUGGCCCAGAGCUACUCCGUGCAGCUGCAGAAACACCAGCAAAUGCAGCAACAGCAACAGCAGCAGCAGCAACAACAGCAGCAGCAGCAGGCCCCGCAGCAACUCAGCCUGGGAUACUUCAGCAACGGCACCUGCAAUGUGGCGACUUCCGAGCAGGUGCCUCAGCCGCUGCCCUCGCCCUACCAGCGCGUUCCCCUGCCCCAUGGCUACCAGCCGGCGGCAGCGGGACCCUACUACCCCCUGCCCAACGCCCAGCAGCAGCAGCAGCUGCAGCAGCAACUGCAGCAGCAGCAACUCCAGCAGCAGCAGCAGCAACAGUUGAUGGCCAAGCCCGUGCAGAAGAAGGUGAGCUUUGAGCCGGGAACGAAGGGGGAAACCGAGUGCCUGCCACCGCCGCCGCCGCCGCCGCAAACGAAGCUGGCCCUGCAGAACGGACUGCCGGAGGCGGGAUCCGUAUCGGGAUCAGGGGCACCAGCAGCAGCAGCGGGGACUGGCACCGCCUCGCCCGCCAUCACCGCCAUUCCCACCCGCGUCUACAACAAUGCCAUCGUGAAGGCCUCGGCCAAGGCCGUCGAGUGCAACCUGUGCCGCAAGAGGCACGUGAUCGCGCCGGCGGUCUACUGCACCAACUGCGAGUACUACCUGCAGAUGCUGAACCAGCGCAGAUGAUGAUUGAUCUUCGAUCGGCGAUCCGCGCCCAUCUCUAGUGCAACUUUCUAGCCGUACAUGGAACCCGUUAAUCUCAAGCAACGCAAUGCUGCCACGUCGCCAAUAAGGAUCCGCCAAGGAUGUACAUACAUAGCAUGGAUACAAAUACGAAUAGCUAGCUGUAAGGAUUUAGGGUCGCGAGCUGCCAGCCAGGAGUAGAAUAGGGGAUCGGGCGGAAGGCAAAUCGGAGGGGGGACACCACACAGUCCUUCUAUGGUUCCACAUGAGAAGUUCCCGCUGUGCCAGCCAGCCCACCACCACUGCCACCCACCACCCACCACCCAGUACCCAAGAAUCCAAGAACCCAAGCACCCGCACACAAGCAUAUUGUACACGCUCAUCCGCACCUACACAUAUACUUGCCCAGGAGCUGAGUUGGUGGCGAGCGGAGCAGCCAGGAGCAGCGGCAUCCCGGAGUCCUUGCUGUCCUUGCCCCGUUUGCCACGGCAUCAGCGCCACACGUCGCCCCAUUGGACAUCAAUCGCUUGACUAAAUGCAUUCCCAGACACGAAAACAUCUCAAGCCUGGCCAGCUGUUAGAAUAAGUUUUUUUUUUUUAAGAAACCAUUUUUAAUUCGUUUUUUUUUGUCAACUAAUAUCGAAUAUGUUUUGUCUUUCUGUAUGUGACGCCGGCAGUUCGAAACUCAGUCGCUGAGCUUCCUUGUGCGUGAUGUUGUCCAACGACACUCGCAUUCCCAUUUUUUUUACUUAUUUGUUUAUAAUACUUUUUUUAACUCGUAUUCAGUUGUAGCAUUUAUUUUUUUACAAAGUGUGUACUUAAUUAGAUGUAAGAAAGUAUUUUGUGUCUACUGCAUUUACAAGAUUCUUGUAUUUAUAGUGUUAAUAAUUCUUUUACAAAUUACAUAUAUAGUAUUAAGAAUAUAUAUUUUGUAUAAGGUUUUUUUAAAUAGGAAAUAAGCGCGAAAAGAGAUGUCAUCAUCCACAAACACAAUAAACAAUUAUUUUUUCUAAAUAAAC